AUGAGCCAUAACGCGCUGGCCGCCUUGCUGCUGUCGCUCACCGACCCUGCUGUAGUCACACCCCCCCCUGUAGUAACACUUCCCGUUCUGCCCAGACCCGCCGACGGCGAUAAGGGUCCGCUUCACGACUCUGUUUCUGACAGGCAGGUGUUCCACGCCUUUACCGCGCGCAUCAGUUUCCGCAGAUAUUAUUUUCGCGCAACCUCUUCCGCGCAAUUCCGCCCCGCUCAACGUUAUUACGCGUAUCCUCCCCUUCCGCGUGCCAUCUUUCCCCCGACCAUGGAGCUGCGCAGCGGAGCGAUUCUCCCCGGCCCCGUGCCCGUCCCCAUAACGGCGGCGGAGCAGCACGCGGACGGGUGGUUCCGCGAGGGCGUGCGCCUGGUGUUUGCGCGCUGGACUGCGCUGCAGCUGGCGGUGGAGAAUCAGUGGGGCGGCGGAAGGAGCGCGGAGAAGGCGCAACACAUGCAGGCGGACCUGGUGCAUUUCUGCUACAGCAAGCGCGGAGCGGUGUACGGGGACGAGCUGGAGGAGUGGCUGGACGAGGCGACGGUGAGGGAUUUCAACAUGGAGGUGGAGGACGGGAGCCUGCGAGAGGUGGCAGAUAAGGUAGUGGAGGUGUUUAAGGCAUGUCGGGAUGGCAGUUUCACACUUGUACAGCAGCUGCAGGCAGAGGAAGCAGCCGCUGCUGCCAAGGGAAGGCGCUCGGCACUGCAGCAGAGCAAAGCGGCAAACCGCAACGCAGACAGCGAUGACAGUGAUUCUGACGUGGAGGAAGUGGGGAACGGGGGAGCCAUGGAUGAAGAUGCGCCAGGAAGGGGUGCUGGGAUGGGAGCUUCUUGUUCGGGAUCGCGUAGAGCUGCUAAAGAAACUCCUCCGGAGCCGUUGCUGACACAAGAGGAGGUGGCCGACGGUUGGGAAGUGGCUCCGACCAGACGAUCUCGCAGGCUUUCAAAAGGGCCAGGGAAUGUUUGA